AUGGCUUCACAAGUGACUAAAAGUUUCCAAAACUGCUCCGAGGCAGAAGUCCCCGGCUACAACGACUGCCCCAGUUUCCUCUUCCAGGUAACUCCCAAACCACACAGCAUACGAAGAAAGACCAGGAUCGUCUCUGCAUCAGCACAGUCCAUCAAGGCUUCCGAUAUACCUCCUCCACCCCGCAUCGCCAGAAGAACCACAUCGGGUACAUCCAUACGUUCCACUUCGGGCAGCGUCAGCAGUGGAAGUAGCAAUAGUAGGCCUCGUAUGCCCGAAGAGGAGGACUUGAAGAGCAGUCUCAAUAGGGAGGAUUUGACUACUAAGAUCAACCAUCUUUUGAGCUUGCAGUCCAGACUCUCCGACGAGCAAUUCCAAUAUUACAAGAAGAAGAUCCAAUGGAAUUUGGAUCCAUGUCUAGAGAAUGAUUUGACCAAAUUUGUAUUGACACAAUUCUUCAAGUUAUUUGAUCAGAUGAUGGACAGUAGUGAGUCCACUUAUCCAGCACAGAAGUUGUUGAGAGAUUGGAUGAUUACUGAUGUGUCCGUCUCCGUUUGGUGUCCUGCAUUUCUAAAGAUCGUCGAGAACGUAAUGGCAUAG